AUGGCGUGGUCCCGGUACCAGCUGGGCCUGGCCGCGCUCAUGCUCCUCACCGGCUCCAUCAACACCCUGGCGGCCAAGUGGGCCGACAACUUCAGCGCUCCCGGCUGCGAUGGGACGGAGGAGCACAAAUUCCAGCACCCCUUCCUGCAGGCCGCCGGGAUGUUCCUGGGGGAAUUCUCCUGCCUCCCGGUGUUCUACCUGCUGCUCCUGCGGGAUCGGCGCCGCGCGGAUCGGGAUCGGGAUCAGGAUCGGGAUGGAGAUGGGGAUCCAGCCCCGGCCCCAUCCCGACCCUUCAACGCCCUGCUGUUCCUGCCCCCCGCCCUGUGCGACAUGGCCGGCACCAGCAUCAUGUACGUGGCUUUGAACAUGACCAGCGCCUCCAGCUUCCAGAUGCUGCGGGGCUCCCUCAUCAUCUUCACCGGGCUCCUCUCCGUGGCCUUCCUGGGCCGGAGGCUGGAGUGGAGCCACUGGGCGGGAAUUGUGCUCACCAUCCUGGGGCUGGCGCUGGUGGGAAUGGCGGAUCUGCGCGGGAACCCCGGCGGCGCCGGGCACGGGCUGGCCGACGUCAUCACCGGUGACCUCCUGAUCCUGCUGGCCCAGGCCAUCGUGUCCAUCCAGAUGGUGCUGGAGGAGAAAUUCAUCUUCAGCCACGACGUGCACCCGCUGCGCGCCGUGGGCACCGAAGGUCUUUUCGGCUUCUCCAUCCUGGCGCUGCUGCUGGUGCCGCUGUCCUUCAUCCCGGCGGGGCGGCUCUCGGGGAACCCCCGCGGCGUCCUGGAGGAUCCCGCGGACGCCUGGUGCCAGAUCCGCCGGGAGCCCCUGAUCCUGGCGGCGCUGCUGGGGAACGUCGGGAGCAUCUCCUUCUUCAACUUCGCGGGGAUCAGCGUGACGCGGGAGCUGAGCGCGACCACGCGCACGGUGCUGGACAGCCUGCGCACGCUGCUGGUCUGGGCGCUCAGCCUGGCGCUGCGCUGGGAGCGCUUCCACGCCCUCCAGAUCCCGGGAUUCGCCCUGCUCCUGGCCGGGGCCGCGCUCUACAACGGCCUGCACCGCGCGCUGCGGAGCGCCGGGAGCGCCGGGGGCAGCGGGAGCGACAGCCAGGAGAGGGAAGCGCUGCUGGGAGGGGACGGAGAUGGCGGCAACAUCCAGGGAUGA